UCUCAAGUCUAUACCUUCUUUCAUUUUGGAUAUCGAUCCAUUUGAAAACUGUCAAUGCAGUCGACCCUCACAUGGCAACUCUAUCGAAAGCAACUCAAACCAGCAAACCAAAUACCACUAUGCCAUUUUUCAAAGUUUCGGAGAAUUUUCUGUCUUCUGCUUUGGCAACCAUGAUCACAAAAGCCAUUCUACAACCUGUCGAUACUUGCAAAACGAGAGCUCAAAGCUCAAGAAAUUUAGGAUUUAAAGUUCGCUUUGUGGAUAUUUUAGUGGACGCUUUGAAGAAAGAAAAGCCAAUUGCACUGUUUCGUGGUUUACCCGCUGCUUGGUUAGGCUCCAUACCUGCUCAGUCACUUUAUAUAAGUACUUAUGAGAGUUGCAAAUAUUUAUUCUUAGAAAAGACACACUUGUUACCAAAAAACGUGGGAAUUGCGUUAUCUGCUGCUAUAGGUGAUUUGGUUGCAGGUUUCAUAAGAGUACCUCCUGAAACUAUAAAACAAAGACUACAAACAGGAUUAGAUCUUUCAACCGGCAAAGCAAUAAGACGUAUCUAUCAAACUCAAGGUUUGAAAGGUUUCUAUCGUGGAUAUCUUGCUCAAGUCAGUCGCGAUGUUCCCUAUGCCAUUCUUUUAUUCUUAACUUAUGAAAAUGCAAAACUUUUAUUUUCAGAAAAAAGACAAAUGAGAGUGCGUGACAACUUCUUUCGCGGGGCAUUGGCUGGAGGUGUUGCAUCGUUUCUAACAACUCCGUUGGAUGUUAUGAAAACUCGAAUUAUGACGCACUCUGGUGAUGUUGGUAUAUCUUCCUAUCGUUUUUGGUUAGGCACUGUUCAUAGUCUAUUAAGAGAAGAAGGAUGGAGGAGUUUAUGGCGAGGUGCUGGACCACGUGUUUCUUACAAGAUAUGUUCUUCGGCCUUGUUUUUUGUAUCUUUUGAGUUUUUGCGUUCGACACUUUAUCGCAAUUACAAAUAAGGAUUGUCAUUUUUGGAAGAGGAUGUCGACACAAGUGGAAGACUUUUAUCGUGUGAAGAGAGUCAAAUAUAAAGAUAGAAAUACGGCUAUUUGUUUACAAAACCAAAACGGUCCUUGUCCCUUGUUAGC